AUGGACUCUACAAUUGUAUCUAACACUGAAGAACCAUGUGUUGUGUACCCCUGGGAACCUUGUCAUGACAAUGAAAUGCAAAUGAAAGCUUCUUUUGAGGAUAACUAUCUCGACCAUAUGAGUAAUUUAAAAAUUGAAUCAAAUCCAUCAUCAAAUACAUUAACCACGAUAGCUUGUGGCGUCCUACAUAACGUGACUAGAAGUUUAAUAGAAGAAUUUUGUGAAAGUGGUGCAUCUAUGGUAAUAUUUGAUUUUAACGGCUUAUCAUUUGAACAGAGUCGAAAAAUGGUCUACGAAAUUCGCCAAGGGGUUUUUAAUUACAGUCUUAAAAAGAACAACCGAGUACCAUAUUCAAUGACUUUAGUACUUGAUCUUGAAGGAUCUUGCAUUACAACUGGAAGCAUAUUCCAAACAACAACCACACAACGUUUGAUAGAAUUAUCGACGAACUCUCAUGUUUACGUCACCAACGAUGUCGAGUACAAAUUUAAAUGCACGGAGGAUCGUAUUUAUGUGAACAGCGAUAUAAUUCUUCGGCUAAAAACUAACGAUCGGAUCUACUUGGACUACGGAAAAAUCGAACUGGCCGUAAUAAGAGUUGAUGAGGACGAGGUAUAUUGCGUGAUAAAGCGAGGAGAAUUUUUGGGUUCCGAAAAAGUAGUGCACGUGCCGGGAAUUCCGGUUGGCUCGACGGCACUCACCAAACUAGACGAGGAGAAAAUUCGCACAGGGAUUCAGCUCAAAGUCGACGUAAUAUUGGUGCCCGGUGUCAGGAACUCAGUGUUUUUCGACAGCGUCCGCAAGUUUGUUGUUACAGAGCGAGGCAGGGAUAUUAGCCUGUAUGCGAAAAUUGAUAACAGUGUUGGACUGGAGAACAUGGAUGAUAUCAUACCUGGCGUGGACGGCGUGUUCUUGAACCGACCAAACUUGUCCAUGGAGGUCGGUCACGACAAGAUAUUCCUCGCCCAGAAGAUCGUCUUGUCCAAAUGCAACUUAGCUGGAAAACCGACAAUCACUUAUGGGGAAUAUCUUAAUUCCAUGGAAGUAAGCACGGUACCUACGAACGCUGAAGUAAAUGACCUCAUAAAUACCGUAAUGGAUGGAACAGAUUGCAUUUAUCUAGAUGUAACAAUGCGCAGUGCAAACAAAUUGCAUUGCAUUCAAUACGCGGCUUCGCUGUGUCGACAGGGCGAAGCCGCCAUAUGGGAACAACAGUUGUUCACCGAACUCAACAAAAAGUCCAAACCAAAAAUCGAUCCCGCCGAAGCUAUAAGCAUCGGAUGCGUAGAGGUAUCGUUUAAAUGUCAUGCGGCCGCGAUUAUUGUGAUCACCACAUCCGGUCUAUCGGCUCGGUUCAUUGCCAGGUAUCGGCCCAGAUGUCCAGUGUUGGCGAUCGUCAGGCACGGGAAGUCCGCAAGAAAGUUAUCAGUAUGGCGUAAUGUCAUAGCAUUGCAGUACAUCGAUCCAAUAGAAAACGUUUGGAAAGACAUCGAAAACCGUACAAGGUUCGCGAUGGAUUUUGGGAAAAGAAAAGGUAUAUUGCAUCAGGGAGAUUUGGUUUUGCAUAUGAGCUGCUCUAAACAAAACGUGGGUUUUGCUAAUACCAUGAGUGUGUUUUACGUUAGUGCUGGAGACUUCGUCAACGCGUAA